AUGACCUCGUCCCUGUGGCGAGCCCCCUCUACGUUGGAUACCACCGUUUCAAAGUCCAAGACGGUCAAGACGAAAAAACAGCCACCGACGGCGUCGCAGAUACCAUCUACUGCAUUAAACAUUGAGCCAACCACCAACACGACAUCUUUAGAGACCACAACCGGGCCGCAUAACGUACCAAAAGCCGGAUCCAUAGUACUUCCGCCACUGAUGCCCACCACCACGACAUCUUUAGAGACCACAACCGGGCCGCAUAACCUACCAAAAGUCGGAUCCAUAGUACCUCCGCCACCGAUGCCUGUGCCAACUGUUCAUGAGGCACCUUCCGGCUCACCCUCUGGCAGCGAGGUGGAGUUACCGAUACCGCAGAGGAGCUGCAACUUAGUCGACGACGUGCUCGAACUCGGUAGAAUAUGCCGAGAGAGGAAGACAAAGCUACUGGUGAUCGAGGGCAGCGACGAGAAAUUGGCAGAGAUUGCCACACGCAAGCAAUGA